AUGGUAAAUGGUGUGGUGCCCUCGCAAAAGACCAAAGCGGCGGAAUGUUGUGGUGAGGAAUCGAUGGUUCAACAAGACUUGAUAGCGUGGCGGCAGAAGAUGCGUGAAGAGUGCCGGCAGCGCCUGCGAGCGGCAACCACAAGGGCGGGUCUUAUGCGAGCACCAUCACAAAAGUCAACAUUCUCCGGCCCGUCAACACAAUCUAAGCUGGGUGAAAGAGAAUGUAGUGUACGUUGUAGAAACUCCCAUAAACAGUUAGAAAAGUCUGAAAUGUCGGAGCUCCAGAGGUACUCUCUUGAAUUGUGUGAAGCACAGGGGCCACCACAGGGGGGAAAGGAAAACCUACCUUGGUUUAUGGCCCCAGUUUCUGUGUGGAACAAGCAAAUGAAGCGUUACUGUGGAACGAAGGGGGAAGGUAGCAUUGUGAAGAAGGAACCGUAUCCGCAGCAUAAGGAAACGGUGCGAGCGGCGGCCUCCUUGUCAGUCCCUAGCAAGCAGCAAGGUAGUGCGUUCCAUGUGUACAAAGAUGAACUAGCGGUGUGCACCACUGCAUACAAAAAAUCAUCUAUGUUUUCAUCGUCACCACUUCGCCGUAAGCUGUUGAGACGCAUCGGGGCAAGGACCAAAUCCAAACACUCUACAAAUGUGCAGGCGGAGGGGCAAAAAACAACCGAGGUUUCACAUUCCCAGCAGAACAAAGAUACGUCAGGGACUGAAAGAACAGGAGCAAAUGCAUUUAAGAAUCCACCGCGGUCGCAACACCGCAGGACGGUUAGUGAAGUAACUCUCACCCAUGCAAAGGCUGUUGAUGCGUCGAAUGUGGAGUUUCCGCCCCGGGGAAAAGUUUACCGUUCUGGAUUACGGUCGUCUUCCGCAGGUACAAUUCGGUAUGGGAUUGCCUCUCGGCCAGUGGAAGCAUCGUGCUGUUCAAAGGGUGCGGUGGUUAGCACCCCAGUUUCAGGUGAUAUGUGCCAUUCUAAAUUGGAGAAAACAACUAAGGAAUUGUCUCUUGACAGGACUGGUGCGCUUUCACCCUUAACAGAUGCAGUUGUUUCCUCAGAAACUCCCACUUGCAACACCAGUUUUGAAUCAGUGUCAAACUUUACAGGGGAGCUGACCCGUGGUGAACCAUCGCCUAUGUUUGCGCAGCUGCUAGAUCGGCUUGCGUUUCCACUCCCAAGUCAUGGAGCCGUUGUAGAGAGCUCUGCUGCCGUCCCAGCUCCUCGCGAAUUGUGCCCACAGCCGUAUCCCUUUGAUGUGUCACGUCGCAUGACGCAUUAG